AUGUCGAAAUUAUUCACUGCUUAUAGACCAACCAGACAAGUGUGCAAAGAAGCCCUUCUAUUGCUGGCUAUUGAGUCCCUAACUUCACAUGUCGAUAGAAGGCAAGCGAUUCGGGAAUCUUGGGGCAAAGAAACCAGUGUGGGGAACCAAACGGUGGUGGGAGUCUUCUUACUGGGCCAGACUCCCGCAGAAGACAACCAUCCAGACCUUUCAGAUGUGCUGAAAUUUGAGAGUGAGAAGCACCAAGACAUUCUUUUGUGGAACUACAGAGAUACAUUCUUCAACUUGUCUCUGAAAGAAGUACUCUUUCUCAGGUGGGUGAGCACUUCCUGCCCAAAUGCCGAGUUCGUGUUCCAGGGCGAUGAUGAUGUUUUUGUGAACACCCAUCACCUCCUGAAUUACUUGAAUAGCUUAUCCGGGAACAAAGCCAAAGAUUUGUUUAUUGGUGACGUGAUUCAUAAUGCUGGACCUCAUCGGGAUAAGAAACUGAAGUACUACAUCCCGGAAGCUGUUUACACUGGCGUCUUCCCGCCUUAUGCAGGAGGAGGUGGAUUCCUCUACUCCGGCCACCUGGCCCUGAGACUGUACAAUGUAACUGACCGGGUCCUUCUCUACCCCAUCGAUGACGUUUAUACUGGAAUGUGCCUUCAGAAACUUGGCCUCGCUCCGGAGAGACACAAAGGCUUCAGGACAUUUGAUAUAGAAGAGAAAAGCAGGGGUAACAUUUGUUCCUAUGUAGAUUUGAUGUUGGUACAUAGUAGAAAACCUCAAGAGAUGAUUGAUAUUUGGUCUCGGUUGCAGAGUGCUCAUUUAAAAAUGCUGAUUUAUAUGCAAACUACAUUUUACAUAGAAAUGUAUCUCAAAUAG